GAUGAUAUUUUAGAUAACCAAGAUGAAAUAAUGGAAGAAGUAGACUCUAAACUAAUGGCUUACUUUAAACAGAAAAAGCUAGAAAAGACAAAGAAAAAAGAUGCAAAAUACCAGAGAAUUCGGUUUAAGCAUAAAAUUAUUGGAUUACUACGGAUAUUUGUUCUAUCCCAACCAACCAGUCCAUUGAUUUUUGAGCUAUUUGUUCCUUUGCUUGAACUUGCCAAGAACGCGAAAACUGAUGAAAUUGCAAAAAGCGCAUUUUCUCUUGUAAGCACCAAAGUCAGCGUUAUAAAAGAGAUGCCCAGUCAAUUCGAUAGUGAUCGUGUGCUCACUAUAUUGCAACAAACUCAUAAUAUGGCUUUAAAAGCUUGCUCCUGCGACCUGGCAGCUUUGUGUUGGAAAUCUAGCUCUUUUCUACUCAAAUCUCUGAUCAAUUGUCAUAAAGACGACUUAAAUAACGACUCUGAGAAUGAAUGCUUAAAUAAAGAUAUAAAAAAGGCCAUCAACAUUUAUGAGUCUACGUAUGAGAAAUGGAUUAAAAAGUCUGGCUGUUUACAUAUGAAAUCAUUUUCUGAGUUGCCAAAUCACAUACCUAAAAUUCCAUGGCAUCUAACGAAUAUUUUUCUUGGGUUUACUGAUCCAAAGGUUGCAAAAAAUCCAAAAAAAGUAAUGAUUGCAUAUGAUAUUUCAGCAUCCAUUUUUAAUAAUGUUGCAUCAAAAAAUAAUAAGGAACCGUUAGAUGACAGUGUCAUGAAUGCACUUGUGCAGAGAUCACGAGAGUCUUUCAUCAUUACAAUCCAAUUUGUAUCUCAGGAUUUGCAAUGUGGAAAGAAAUAUUUUGAUUCUCAAACGUUAAAAUCGGUGAUGAAAUUUGCGAUUAUAACCAUGAAAAAAACAAGUGUUAACAUGCCGAAAGACAAGAUUAAAAGUACGUGGGAUGCGGACCAUCUUCAGCCGUUAUUGGAAAAUAUCAAAGAGCUUCCAAGAUUCAAGUCCUCACAGACAAUUGGAAAUUCUAUUAAUGAAAUAAUUCGUAUCAUUUCAUGA